AUGGAAUCUGUCGCUUCUACCACUGGAUCUCUCGGCUCUCGUCGAAGUUACGGCGGGAAGAAAAAGCGCAUCCUGCUGCCCGGAUCGUUCUGCUCCUGUACCGUGAACACCUCCCACGAAUUCUCUACGGUCGAAAGCUCGGGCGUUCAGUCAAGUAUUGCUACCCCUGGUAUCAGCACUGUUGAGAGCACCACGCGACCGGUUCACAAACUCACCUGCCUCAUGUUUUAUGAAGCGGGAAAUGGUGAUCGUACCCCUGAGGAAGUCGCUGCAUCCGCAUUGCAGAAUUUGAAGGUCUAUAUCUGUGACCAGGUACAGCAGGGUUCUCAAACGUACUCGGACGACCAAGUGGCAGAAAUCAAAGGUUUACUUGAAGAGUACGAAAGCCUUGUCUGUGGGUUUGUCAAGGUGGAGACAGAUUUGAUCGCUGCUGCCCGCGAGUUCCACGGGAGGGUUUCCGCUGUGAGCGAAAGGCUGAAGGCAAUCUAUGGCGGAGAUUGGAUCCGGAGAAAACUGAUGGUGGGCGGGGGCAUGGUUGUCAUCAACCACUGCAUCGACAUGCGUACGAGCUUCUCGAUGGGGCCAGCUAAAGGCUCAUUUGACAUCCAUCCGGUCGCGAUGUUUGCCCGAGCCCUAUUUCUGCCUGAAGACGUGACGGAACUCGGCGGGUGA